AUGCGCAUCUUUGCCACCCUUGAGAUCCCUGACCUCAUACGUGCCGGCGCUGUCUGCACCUUUUGGCGCUCUGCCUACACCUCCCUGCGCACACUCGGCAAGCACAAGCAGCCCCAGACGCCGUGCCUGUUCUACACCUCUGAAUCUUCCAGCGACAAUGUUGCGUGUCUCUACAGCCUCGUGGAGAAGAGGGUUUACAGCCUAACUCUCCCGGAGCCGCCUCUCCACACUAGGUUUCUGAUUGGGUCCUCUCUCGGCUUGCUGGUCACCGUCGAUGAGAGAUCUGAAAUGCACCUCGUCAAUCCGAUCACUGGUCAACAGAUUGCUCUUCCUUCAGUGACCACGAUGCAGCAUGUGAAGCCCAUUUGUGAUGACUCGGGUGCUGUCCACAAGUAUGCAUACUCAAAGCACACGGCAAAGCAAGUUAUCUGCCCUCCAAAGAUAAUUGCUCCAGCUGCCCUGCGGGAAUUCUUCCAUCAGAAGGCUCUUUUGUUUUAUGAUACACCCACAGGGAGCUACAUAGUGGUGCUCAUCCACUUGCCGUUUGGUCAGCUAUCCUUUGCAAGGGUAGGGGACGAUAAGUGGACCUGGCUGCCACCUCACACUGAUUAUUUUGACUGCACCUACAAGGAUGGGCUACUGUAUGCAGCGACUCUAUUGGGAGAAGUUCACACCUUUGAUCUUAGUGGGCCUGCUGUUACAAUGAACACUAUUAUGGGUGUGGAUGAUGACGAUUUAGAAAUUCAGGGAGCAUACAUUCUUGAAGCUCCAUGGGGUGGUUUGCUGCUUGUUUGGAGGUUGAAAGUGUAUAGUGGUUAUCAGGAUGAUAUUUCAUCACUUAAGCUGCACACCAAGGGAAUUAAAAUACAUGAAGUUGAUGUUCCUGCCAAGAAGCUUGUGGAAAUUGAUUGCUUGCACGGCCAUGUGCUGUUCCUUGGUCAUAACCAGUCACUCUGUCUCAGCACUAAAGAAUGCCCUGCUCUCAAGGAAAAUCGUCUCUACUUUACUGACGAUGAUGCGUACAUAACUGUGCAUAAGGAUAAUCGUCGCGAUAUAGGACUACUUCGCUUGGAUAAUAAUAGCUGGGAAAGCCUUGUGUUUCCUCAGCUUUGGUCCAACUGGCCUGCUCCUGUGUGGAUUACACCCAAUCUUACAAUGAUGAAACUGUCGAUGAAUAAAUAG